AUGGCGAACCCGCAGCCGUGCCGGCCCAAGCCUGUCCAGUGCGGUUCGCAGCCGCCCCCCGAACGGCUGCAGCAAGUGACGGUGGUGGGGUUCUUCAAAAGCUCCAGCUUUCAGAUUGCGAAGAGCACCGCUGAGAGUCUGAAGAAUAAUUAUCCAUCCAAAUUUGAAGAACCUAUAAUAGUUCCUCUUCAAGAAUUUGCAUGGGAUCAAUAUCUACAGGAGAAAAAAAGGGAACUCAAGAGUGAAACCUGGGAAUAUUCUUCUCACGUGAUGUGUUUUGUUAACGAUCAGCUCUUGGGUGAUGCAUUUGAUCUUCAGACAUGGGCCCACAAGGUGUGGGAUAUAGUGGAUACUAAGCCCUCUGCACUUUAUGAGGCACUUACUUUGGACUAUUCCACUAAAUUCCUAAGAGACACCAAGCAUGAUUUUGUGUUCUUGGACAUCAGUAUUGAUAUUUCUCCAAUUGGAAGAUUGGUUUUUGAGCUAUACUGUGAUGCAUGUCCCAAAACAUGUAAAAAUUUUCAGGUCUUGUGCACAGGAAAAGCAGGAUAUUCUCAAAGUGGCAUAAAGCUACAUUACAAAGGUUCAAUUUUUCAUCGAAUAGUUCGGAAUGGUUGGAUACAAGGAGGAGAUAUAGUAGCUGGAAAAGGAGAUAAUGGAGAGUCAAUUUAUGGACCAACAUUUGAAGAGCUUCAAGGGAGCUUGGAAAGAAUUGUAAAGAGGCAGAAGGAAAGAAGGGGAGUUGGAAAGAUUGAGAAGUACAGAGAAGUGGAUGAAAACUUUUCAAUUCCUCAUAAUAAAAGAGGAGUUCUUGGAAUGGUCAACAAAGGCCGUCACAGCAAUGGGUCACAAUUCUAUAUCACACUACAAGCAACUCCCUAUCUAGAUAGAAAAUAUGUGGCUUUUGGGCAAUUGAUUGAAGGAACAGAAGUUCUUAAACAAAUAGAAUUAGUUUCAACAAAGAAUGAAAGACCGUUACAUUUAUGUAGAAUUACUGACAGUGGAGAUCUUUAUGCCUGA